AUGUCCAUUGAUGAACCCAGCGAGACAUUUGGAAGUGCGCAAGAUGUUUCAAUCCAAAGCCUUGUCGUAGCGGGCGACGAGGCAUUUCAAAUGCAGAUCUCAAUGGCCAACGUUGCCAAUGAUAUCAAUAGCAGCAGUCAGGCUGUAGGGCAUUUGUCUUCGAAGAAAACAGAACUUAUUCGCGGCCUACAGAAGGCAACAAACAAAUUUCUCCAUCGUCAUUGUAAAGGGGGGCAUCCAACUACUGACCUAUUACGCGAGCGCAUCCAUGCAGCACUCGAGAGUGCAUUAUUGGGCAUGGAAGUGGACGACAUCAUGUCGAAACAGCACUCUAAGGGUGCAGAGAACCUCAAAACAAACGACAUACAAGAUCUUCGCACCGACAACAAAUUCAUCUCACCUGUAGCACAACAGAUUUGGAACAGCAUGAAAUGCAGAUCAUUUUCCCCCGGAACUGUUCCAAGCAUGGAACUAGAACCUCUGUUAAUUUGUGGGCAAGAAGGCACCCUUGCUAGAAUGCCAGGAGGAUAUCCAACAAAGUGA